AUGACCAUCAUGGGCGCCUAUCUUCGAGACUUCCAUGUAACGUACGACCAUUGUAUUGGCUUGUUGUCCAUCAUUACAAAUUCGCUGCUUCUUUAUUUGGCCAUCAAGAAAAGUGAUAAUUAUAUGAAAAAGUACAGUAUUAUUUUGGUUAUGUCGAGUGUCGUCGACCUGUUUUAUAACUCCAUGAGUAUUAUUUUUACUCCGGUAAGUGGGGACGUUUUAUACGAUGAAAGUUGAUUCUUGGAAUAAGGGACAUUUUAUAUGAUGAAGAAAAGAUCUUUGAAGAAGGGUGGUUUUUUUAUACAAUGCAAGAUGAUUUUUAGGGUAGAGGGAGAUUUUAUACGAUAAAAAAAGUUUUUUGGAAAAGAGUGACAUUUUCUACAAUAAGUCUGAAACCAAGCAAAAUAAGAUAUUUUAUACGACAAAAAACUUCUUGAUAAAAAAAUACCUAAGAAUUAAAGUGACAUUUUAUACGAUAAAUCCUGUAAAAACGUUAAUUUUCAUUUUUAGAUAGUAGAAAUCCAGCAAGGAAGUAUGUUCUUUUUUCUCGGCGGAGUCUUCGAAAAACUACCUCAUCAGCCAAUGGGAGUGAUUUGGAUGAUAUUUUUAUUCUCAAUUUUCGCCACAAUUAUCAACAUUCCCAUGCAAUUUGUCUAUCGUUACACAGCGUUAUGUCUGUAAGUUACUGUCGCGACUUUAUUUACAAACUUGCAGACUAUGAGUAAGUAAAUAUUUUGAUUUUUCAGGAAUCGCCAACUUACCAUCACCAAGUACAUUGCCUUAUAUCUGGUCAUUUUACCCAUCCUCGCAGCUCAUUGUGUCUGGGGAUACUACGUUUUCUACCCUCAUGAAGAUGUUAUUGCCUCUCAUCUGCCCAUUUUAAAGUAAAAUUUUACUUAUUUUUAAAUUUUUUAUAAAAAUGAUGACUAAAAAAAUUCAAAUUUCAGAGCAGACCCCGUCUGGAGCCCCAAUACCCCCAACUUUUUCGUCGGUGAUCAGCAUUAUUUCCCCGCUGCGAUGCAUUUUUCCGUCAGCUUUUUGAUUGUUGCCAUUUCAUAUCUAAUUGUGAUCGUUGUCGGGCUAAAAAUUUACCUUCAACUGCGCAAGGUCAGAUUCUGCAUGUCCAAAGGCACAUUGGAAGCACAAAAUCAGCUAACCAAAAUACUCUUAAUCCAGGUAAAAAUUUUCUGAAUUACAGGGAUAUUGCGUAUUAUAUUGUGUCAAAUUUUGUCCUGAAUUGAGCGUCGUACUUGGAGAAGCUCCCCUUUCUCACAGGGAAGUACCCAAAUUGAGACGCUCGGAUUCUUUUUAAAUUUGACACACAAGUCGGGCAUGGACUGAAUGUCAAUUCCUGAAAGUUUUAGCUCGCACUUUGCAGGCGCCGCCGAGAUUUUGAACAUUCUUUGCCACCGAGAGAGUACACUAAACGUGGAGACGAAAAAAAUUUUUUUGGCUAUAACUUUGCCUGUUCAGUAUGGAAAAAAUUGAUUUUUUGUGGAAAUAUUACCCUUAAUAGACGAUUUCUGAGUUUCUGAGUCCGUGAAACAGCCACCAAUUAUGUGUACAUGGACAUAGGAAAAAAUCAAUUUUGAGUUUUUUUGCAUUAAAAUGACCGUCGACAGGUGCUAAGCCAAAGCGAAGCACGUUUUUUGCCUCCAUUAAGAUACCAUUUUUUACAAUUUACUGUUUUUUUAAGUAGUCGAGUAAAACUUUUCGUGCUGAAAUUCGAUAAAAAGUCACAAAUUUUCGCCAAUCUUCGGUCUAAAAAUGUCGGUUGUUUCUGCAAAGCGCGAGGUAGGAUUCUCGCAUAUAUCUUAGAAAAAAGUAUUCUUAAUCCAUGCCAAAUUUCAUCAAAAUCUGAGCGCCGAACAUCAAGAACUUUCCCUGUUAAUAAACUCUCUUUCGUAUUUCAGGCAAUAAUCCCGUUCCUCUCGCUCUCCGGCCCAGUUAUGGCGGUAACUGCGGCUUCGUUAUUCUCCGUGGAGGUCCCGCUUCUUGGAUAUGUGAUGACGUAUACGGCAAUGUGGCUUCCAGUGGUGAAUUCAGUAUCCGCGAUCCUCAUCAUCCCGAACUAUCGACGCUCUUUAUUUUGUAGGCCAAGCCGCAAGGUGUUGUUUAGUUCAACAUUCUUCUCAAUCAGCCGACAAAAUGCGUCAACUGCGUAA